UGUUACUGGGAAGAGGUCGCGUUCGGGCCUGGUUAUUGAGCGGAGGAUUUUGAGCGGUGACUUUGGGGUACUGGUUGCAUUUCUCUUAAGCCUGAGCCAUGCACAGGCCAGAGUUCCGUUCCCCGACCACCCCACUCCACGGCGGUGGAGGGAGCCCAAACUCCUUUCGUAGCCCACCCCAGUUUUUAGGCCACGCCGCCGGUGGGAUGCCGGGUUCCAUGCUUCCUCCUCCGUUACCGAAUUGGGGAUACGGGAAUCCUCACACCCCUCCCUUUGUGCAAAGGCCUCACCGGCCUUACGGGAACGGAGGUGGGCAGUCCCCGCGCUCAUCCCCCGGUGGAGGUCAGAACUUUUACGGUGGUAGAUUUGGCAACCAGUCCCCAGGGAACACCCCGCCCCGACGGCCUAGUCCUCGUUAUAAUUCAGGCCCCUACAACAUGUCGCCAGGAGGAGGAAACAUGUACCAGCAACAGCAUCAUCAUCAUCAUGCCCGAGGUUACGGCUCUCCCAGGCAGCCGAUGAACUACCAGGGUUCACCCAGGACAUCUACACCAUUUGGUACAGCGCAUGGCAGAGGGAAAAGAGUGUCUAAUGAUGUGGAACAGUAUUACAGACCUUCAAUGCUUGAGGACCCAUGGGCUAAUCUUAAGCCAUUAUCACUUUCAGAAAUAGAACAACCCAACAUCAAUGAGCAAACAACAUGUACUCGUAAAAGGGGAAGGUAUUUUAGUUAACACCCUUACGCUUAUUUCUCCUGGGUAGAGCUAAAACCCCACAAAUGGUCAAGGACACAGUUCAGAACCUUUUUUAAUUUGACAGAUCCUGUCUCUUUUAUCAUAUUUUUUUAUUACAACAUAACGUCAGUCUGUAAUAUUUUGGAAGGCGUGAGCUCUGUGGUAAGAUAAAUCAGGAAGAGUCCACCAGCAAUGAAGAACAAUUUUGUUCUGUAAUCACCAGCGUUUCAUGUGACUGUUGUCCGCAGCUCUCAGAUUCCAAGACUUGUUACUCUUGUGCACCUGGUAGGCUUAAAUUGAAGCCUAUUUUUUACCGUUUUCUUCCAUUAUUAAAUGGAUUUAUUUUUUUAGGCGACUUAGCCGGAUAAACAAUAUAGGUUUGUAAUACUUUAUUUAUGCAGCAAGCAUGUUUGUGCAGCGGUUUCAGAGGAAUUGUGAUACAUUUUUGUAUGACUAGAAUCAUCAAAAUAUGUUGGUGUAAUAUUUCAUUCUCUGAUCAUUUUUUUUAAUAGAAAAUUUUUAAUCGUUUCAGGGUGUUUAUUAGAUUACAUUUAUGUAAAUUUGUACAUAACUUCAGUUAAGUAUAUAAAAAAAAAAAAUACCUACCUGACAAACUAUUGAAACAUUUUGUCUGUGUCCAGAUCUGAUAUUUUGCUAUAAAACAAGCAUUAAAGUGGGUCACGA